AAAUUUGAAGUAAACUACAGUGUCGCUAGUGAGACGAAUCAGCGAAUUACUUCAUUAAUUCAUGUAACAAUGUGAUUUACCAUCGUUAUGUAAUGUUGAUAAAGCAGUGUCAGAACGUAUAACCACAGACGAGAGAUAGAAUAGAGUGAAUAUUUUAUGAGAUUUUGUGUUUGAUGGUUUAAAAUACCGAUCGUACAAAAAAAGUGUAUGUUUUGUUAGGCCCUCUAUGAAUUAGGGUGAUGAGUGUAAGAAAUAUAUUCGAUUCGAUGAUUGAAGUCGGAAAAAUCUGUCAUUUUUCUGUCUACUAUUUUGAAAUACCGAUAAAUACCGUCAAAAAAAUGCCCCGACGCAUUAACAGACCUGUGUCUCGAGACUCCUGAACCCUAGACAAAAAUUCCCAUAAACUGCAACGUUUGUACGUAUCUUAAAUCUGCGAAUCAAUAUUUUUUAUUUUAAUUCCUAUCAUUUACAACGUUAUCGUGCAAUACCAGUGUAAGUCGAUAUGACAGGGUGUGACACAAAAAUGAUAAGGGAGUCUGAGUUGUGUCCCAGGACCUCCGAAAGUGUGUAACAAAAUUUUACAUUGGUUUUAAGUCUAUUUGUAUAUCUUGUUUGCAGUAGCUACAGAACUUUAUCAGAUUUCCUUAAGCUUUGAGCUCAAAAGUUUACAGAAGUUUUCUGUUGUCGCGUAGCUUCUGGUAGCAUACUAAAUAUAAGCAUCAAAAUAUUUAUUUUUACAAAUUGACAAAUACUGUAUUUCUAUCAUAUAAAUAAACGCUAUUUUCGUUGUUUAAAUGUAGGCGCUGUAUGCAUUUGUACAGUCAAAUCAGAUUAAAUACCAGCAAUAAGAAUGCAAUACAGAAGUGUCUCGGUUCUUAUUAAAAAUCUUAAAUCUUGCUUUAAUUCUCAAUGAUUGUGAGAGAGAUGACAUUGCAUGAAUAAAACUGUCGCGAUGUGAAUGCGCAAAUUUUCGUUUGUGUCCGAAUUUCAAUUAAGUGAGUGUUUUUGUGUUUAUUUAUAAUGUACGUGUACUUCGGAAAUGUAUAAUAACUCGUCUAAACAAUGCAUUAUAGAUUAUUACAUAAAUUCACACGCUACAGUAGUCCAGUUCUUUUUAAGUCUAACCUACUAAAUAUUGUAAAAUAUACGAGUACAAUUAUGUCUACAAAUCCAAAAGUUUUAGAAGAAUCUAAAUCUAUUUUAAAAGAUAUGUACUUUGCUGGUGUUAAAGUAGUUUCACCGAAGCAACUUAUAAUUAAUAAAAUUAAAUUUAAAGAUGGAACAUUACAAGUUGAUGAUCAAAGAUUUCAAUUAAAAGAAAAUGUGUAUCUUGUUGGUUUUGGCAAAGCUGUCAUGGGUAUGUCCAUAGUUCUUGAACAAAUGCUUGGUAGUCAUUUAAAAAAGGGAAUAGUUAGUAUUCCUUCUGUUUCAACAAAUGCAAUAUGGGAGUCCAAAGAUAAAUCUUAUUUUCCCAUGUUAAAAACUGGUGUAGUAGAAUACCGCGAAGGAAGUAUAAAUAAUCAACCAGACAAUAGAUCGUUACAAACAACCCAUGAUAUUAUUGAUUUAGUAGAGUCUUUGACCGAAAAUGAUACUUUAAUCGUGUUAAUAUCUGGCGGUGGUUCUGCAUUACUUUAUAUGCCAAGACCAAUAAUCGAUAACGAAGAUAAAUUACUACUAUGUAAAAGGCUUCAAAAUGCAGGUGCUGAUAUCAAAGAACUUAACACGGUCAGAAUGAAAUUAUCCAUGGUCAAAGGUGGUGGUUUAGCACGAAUGGCUUUUCCAGCAUCCAUUAUUACUUUAAUAUUAUCUGAUAUUGUGGGUGAUCCUGUCGAUUUAAUUGCCAGCGGUCCAACAGUAUAUAAUAGCAAAGUACCAAAGCAAGCUAUAGCUAUUUUAAAAAAAUAUGACUUAUUUGACAAAUUAGAUGGAGAUGUAAGAAAAGCUAUCAUGUCUAAAGAAACUUUCAAAGAUAAGUCAUUACUAACUGGAAAGAAGAAAAAAAAAGAGUUUAAGCAUGUUACAAAUAUUAUUUUAGGAAAUAAUCAGGUGGCAGUUGAAGCAGCUGCCCUUGAAGCACAACGUAAGAAACUUACUCCAAUAACAUUGAGAACUGAUAUUACUGGCAAUGUCCAUGAUGUCAGUUUAGCAUAUGUUCAUGUAACUAGUUUAAUAUGUCUCGCAUUGGAAAAAAAAUUAGAAAGAGGAGAAUUCUUUGAAAAAGUAAGAGAUAUUCCUGUGAUGUCGUUAUCUACCACUAAAGUGGACGAAAUUUAUAACUUAAUUGAAAAUAUAAGUGAAGAAGGAAUAGUAUUAAUUGGAGGAGGAGAACCAACAGUCAUAGUUAAAGGAGAUGGCAAGGGUGGUAGAAAUCAAGAAUUAGCUUUACAUUUUUCCUUAGAUUGGUUAGCCAAAAUAAAAAAUAAUCCCCACUUUGCUGAAUAUGAUGUAAUAAUGUUAAGUGCAGGAACGGAUGGUCAAGAUGGUCCAACUGAUGCAGCAGGAGCAUUCGGUUAUCCUGCUAUUGGACCAAUAAUUCAUGAUUUGUAUGCAAAAGUAAAAUUAAUAGCUUCAGAAAUGCUUGUUCAUCUACAGACGAAGAAAGAGGCCAUAGAAAAUAAAGAAGAUGAACAAGAAACAUUAAAUGAUUUAAGAUCUCAAGAAAUAUGCAAGUUGCAUGAAUUGAGUGGGUUUCUUGUUAAAAAAGAGGAAAAGUCAGAAUUUGAAAAACAAGAGAAAAAAAUUGAAAGAAGUGAAUUUAAUAAAAUGGAAGGUGUACUUCCAUUAAUAUAUCGAACUAUGGAAGUGGAACGCUUACUUCCAGAGAAUACUUUAAGUAAUAAUGACUCGUAUAAUUUAUACUCGCGAUUCAAAAAAGGUUCAGAACUAUUGAAACCUGGCUUUACUGGUACUAAUGUCAUGGACUUACAUUUUGUUUAUAUUAAAAAACGAAAAUGCGAAUGUAAACUAGAUUUUCUUGGUAAAGAGCUAACUGAAAACAGUUUAGAUGAUCAUGAUUUACAUAUUGAUCCUUCAACUAUUGAAAAGUACAGACAGAUGCAAAUAUCAAAAACUUUUGAUUGGGGUUCUUAUUUACCUGCAUCAUCGUUCCUUGCCAGUGACGAGGCAGAAUACCCUAAUAUAAAAAUUAUUGAUGACAAUCUGGUAGAUCCAUGUUGUCGCAAAGAUAGGAAAUUUCCUUUAAAAAAUGUGUUAAAGGAUAAGAAUCUUCAAAUAUGACAUUUUUGUUUAAAAAACAAUGAAACAAUUGUUAAUAUUCUAUUAAUCAAAUCAAUUAAAUAUAUAUUAUUAUAUAUGUAACAAUCAAAAUUUUAUACAUUAAAAAGUCAAUAUAUCCGUCAAAAUUAUUGUUUAAACUUUUUAUACAAUAUUAAACUUAGAAAUAAUCAUAUAAGUUACUAAACAUCUGAUAAAUUCAUCUUCUUAACAAUUUUGUUUUCUUUUCCCAUAUAGAAUUUACAGUAAUACAUAAUGGUGGGUGGGUGU